AUGGCCACCGACACCAACAGCACUCAGGGUUUCACAGAUCCGCGGAUCUUUGCGUCAUUUGAUUGCAUAGACAAUGCUCCGUGCACUCGUUGGACUGAUUGGGCGGACAACUUGGCGAGUGAAACUGUCAACAGUCUUAGCUCUAGUCUAUCUCAAAGUACAGCAAACGGUUUCCCUUGGAUUGGUACUUCAGGAAACAACAAGCAGCAGUCUAACUUGAAGCUUCCUAUCCCUCGGAUAUCGCGUCAUAUCGACUGGAACAGCGGCGGUAGGGUCAGGCUGGCCUGCGAAAACUGCCGAGAACAAAAAGCUAAAUGCAGUGGCCAUCGUCCAACCUGCCAUAAAUGCCAGGCCAGCGGCCUCCGCUGCAGUUAUGGGGACCGAAAACGAGAGAGAACCGAGAAACGAUUGAAUGAUCUGAGCGCAGAAGUCCAAGCUUUGAGGACUCUUUUGCAUGAGUUAUAUCCCAAACUCGACGUUCUAUCUGCCCAACAUGUUGAUCAAAACCUCCGCAAAGUUUCAAGCCAUUCACGUAUCCCGUCAAAGAUAUCUUCCGAAAUUGCAACCCGCGGUGUGACGAAAGCUCCAUGGAGAACCAAUGAUUUCACUUGCGAAGAUUUCAAUUUUCAUAAAGGCCCACAGUCAUUGGGCUUCAUCGGUGAACACUCGGAGGUGUCGUGGCUACACAGGCUCAAAUGCAUCCUCGAAAAGAGAAAAGCCGCAUUGACUUUCGAAAGACCCUUGGAGCCGCCUUCAGUGACAUCCGUAAACUAUUAUUAUAAUGAUCCUACCAUGGACAUUCGUGAGGAAAUCGCAUGGUUAAGCCGACCACCGCAAAAUAUUGCCAUACAGCUUCUUGAUACCUACUUCGAAACAUUCCAUCCUUCAUUUCCAAUUAUCGGAAAAGUGGUAUUUCUCGCCCAGUUUAGAACAUUUUAUUCUAUCCGCGAUGUGCGACCUGGGAAACAGUGGUUUGCUGUGUUGAAUCUGAUUUUUGCAGUUGCUGCAAGACAUUUGGAGCAUACGAAACCGUCUCUUCUUAGCGACGAAUCGUACGCACAAUUCUUUUCACGGGCAUGGAGAUUGAGCAUGGACAAGGAUUCACUCCGCAAUCACCCAAACCUGCAGCAAGUUCAAGUUGAAGGCUUGUCAGCCUUUUACCUUCUUGCCAGUGGGCAUAUUAACAGUUCAUGGAAGAUAUGCAAUGUCGCGAUCAGUUCAGCUGUUACAAUGGGGCUACAUCUUCGAAAUGAAAGCCAACAUAUCAGUCUUGUUUCAAAAGAAACUCGACAUCGAAUGUGGUGGUCUUUAUACACACUGGAUACUCUGCUUUCCACGAUCACCGGGCGCCCAGCGUGCAUAGAUGGGAAUUUCUGCACAGCGAAGCUCCCAUUGCCCUAUGACGAGGAAGGAUUUCAAAAUCAAAGCGUUGACCAGCUUAGCUCGGACCAGGGAUCACAAAAUUGUCUGACACAGGAUUCUCCCUCCAAAGAAAGCAACGACUCCAGUGGACAGGUGCACUUGUUACUCAUGAAUACCAACAAAGAAGCCGAAACGGAGCAAGAAUAUCCUAUCCUGGAUGUAGCACCAGCAUCUCCCAACGCUCUAUACUUUCUUUGUACAGUGAACCUCACGAGUGUUAUACGAGAAGCCAUUGAAACUAUUUACGCCCCAAGAGCCGCAUGCAAGCCGUGGCAUGAAAUUGACAAGGCAAUCUUCUCAUUGGAAAACAAGGCAAAUUCAUGGCUUCAAUCGCUUCCAGAAGCCUUUCAGAUCGAGGUAAAGGAGGAAACUAUACCAUUGAACCGCCAACGCACUAGCCUCGCCUUUCUCUUUUACUCGACCAAAAUCUUGAUACACCAACCCUGUCUUCUCCAGUUAAUUUCCAAACCGUCUAGAGAGUUUGGAACAUGUGUUCGAGUGCGUGCUUCUAUGGCAAUUCAGGCCGCAGAGAAAUUGGUCCACUUAUUCCCUGAGGAGCCGGAUUUAACGUGGUUCUACGAUCUAUGUCCUUGGUGGUGUGCCCUCCACUAUGUCAUGCAGGCUGUCGCAGUUACCUUUACAGCCAUUUACGUCUUUCCCAAGCGGGGCAUCAAUAUCUCACCCACCACAUCGGGCAAUGUCAAUAAGGUCAUACGUUGGUUGCAGAGCAUGUCUUCUGUGAACCCUUCGGCACAUCAAGCCUUACGUGUGUGUUUGGAUUUUAUCACGCAUUAUAGGUCAGAAUUAAGCCCGACUUCCAAUAUUGAACAUUGA